AGCUGCUUGAAGAUCGCCAUGGCGACUCGCUACGGCAGCAUUGCGAUGCCGGCGGUGCCGGAGCGCCAGAGUCUGGGAUGGAAGGGCUUCUUUCUCGCGCUUGUUGUGUCCAUGCUUAUCUUUGCCUCGGAUAUAGUGUAUCCUGUUGUUGUGUCUCCACACACUGUAGCCACAGCAACCGAGGCGUCCGCCGAACAGACGUUCGAUGUGAUCGUUGUGGGGAGUGGACCUGCAGGUCUAGUGGCGGCAGAACUGCUGUCUCGCGACCCCAAAGUCAACGUGUUGAUCCUGGAAGCUGGCGGUCCAAGCCUCGAGUGUACUGGGGGGAAGUUGGCUCCCCCAUACGCCAACGGCACGAAUCUGACAUAUUUUGACAUUCCAGGGGAGUACGCAAACGUGGCAUUCAUGCUGCCUCCCUCCAUCUCGAAUUCCUGGCACAUGGAAUGGCUCGAGUCUCCAAAAAACCACUUGGCCAAGCUCGUGGGUGGUUCGUCCUCUAUCAACGCAGCGCUUUACUUUCGCCCCCCUACGUCGUACCUCGAAGAGAUUCAGUGGCCGUAUUCAGCAGCCGACGUCGCGACAGGGUUUGCCGAGAUCGAAAAAGGGUUUGGUUGGACCGAUUGCCCGUCGACAGAUGGCCUGUGGUACGCCCAGGACGUGUAUUCGCUCAUGGCAGCUGCGCUCAAGCACGCCAACUACUCGGAGCACAAGAUCAACCAAAACCCCGACUUGAAGCAUCUCGUGUAUGGCCACCCGCCGUUCACGAUCAAGCACGGCUUGCGCGAUUCGCCUGCCAAGACUUUCCUCGGCUCGAUGGCGAAACGCGCCAACGUCGUGCUCGAAACGUGGGCGAUCGUCGCACAAGUGCUUCACAAUGACGGGAAGGCGUCAGGCGUGUCGUACAAUAAAGGAAAAGCGCUGGUGACAGCCAAGCUGCGGUCACAUGGCGGUGCGAUCCUGUUAGCAGCUGGGGCUUUGAAUACCCCCAAGCUCCUCCUUCAGUCGGGCAUUGGUCCCAAACGGCAAGACGCUCUGGUCCGUUCGUUGGCGCUGCCAAUGUCCGAGUCGUGGAUUGCAAACGAAGCGGUGGGUGCGCAGUUGUUUGACACGCACCAAGUCGCCGUCACGUUCCGCGCGCCGAAAGCAGCGGCGCUUGAGACGGACGAUGGCGACCACCCAUUCGGAUUUGACUACUUGCACCCAACGCAAGACGCGAUUGCCCAAUUUUUGGACGGACGUGCUGGCCCCCUGGCCAGUUCCAACCCGGUCUUUGUCUCGUACGAGUCUGUCGUCCACCCCGCGACUGCCCGCGAGUACCAUUUUCAAAUCACGGUGUUUCCCCACACCUUGCCCCGCGGCGACAACUCGACCGCCGACCCGAUGGACUUUACGCUGUGCUUCAACCUAAACAACCCCACGUCCCGCGCGGCGCUCGGGUUCUUUCCAAAGACAACGUCGCGUCGGCACCGCCUGGUGUACGGCAUGCUGCCCAACUCGACGCUGUACUGGGACAACGACGAGGAUCUGGACAUGAUGGUCGCAUUUAUCAACGAGACAAUGUCUCGGCUGGCCCAAGUGAACACGACCCCCAUCUUUCCCCCACCCACCCCCGUUACGAUGGGGUCGUCGUGGAGCGCAUCCCCCCACGAGUGGGUCCGCCACCACACACUCAUUACAGACCACUUUGGCGGCACUUGCGCGGUCGGCGCCGACAACACGUCGUGUGUGGACUCGAGCCUCCUCGUUCGAGGCACAUCGAACGUGUUUGUAGGCGACGGCAGUCUCGUCACCGGGGGAUCGGUCAACCCGUACGGGUUUGUCAUGUACAGCGGGUACCAAGCCAGCGUUGGCAUCAAGAAGCACCUGACAAUGUCGAAAGCGAACGGAAUUGGGAACCACCACGACGGCAGAGGUUCGUCGUAGCGUUUGAAAUUAAUUCUACUCGAGAACGCGACGUCAUGAGCACAUGGGAACUUGACUGAAAAGACAUGUCGGGAAGUACCUGGAGCGAUCG